AUGCUUUCAAACUACUCCACCCUCUUUGCCAAGUCAAAGGCGCAAGCCAACCAGCCCCGUACCCAAAGCACCUCUCACUUCUUCCGCAAAAACGACACAAAACCCAAGCCCAAAUCAACAACCAAGACGCCAAAAGACAUACACAAAACCCGAGAUCUUGUAUCCCGCUACUUGUCCUCCUCCAGCGUCACAUCUAUCUUGCAUCUAUCCCGCAAACCCAAACCCAACACCAUGUCUCUCCUCGACCCACCAAAGUACACUAUAGGAGUCCACCGCCCACCAAACAAAGAUAAGCGCGGCGCUCGUAGUAGCACGGGGCAGCCGGAGUGGUACGUGACGUAUCGCGCUAUCAUGGACGAGGAAGAAAAAAGGAAGAAGAAAGUGCGCAAGGAGGAAGAUAAAGCGUGGGAGAAGGAGGUGAGGAGAGAUAAGGAGAAGCAUGCGAGGGACAAGUUGGGGAAGGAGGGUGUGUUUGCGGAUGUGUUUGUCUUAUUGGGUUAG